CUAGAUUCUAGAUCUAAAUCAUAGACUGUCAUAGACUAGUCUAGAUUAUCUAGAUCUUGAUUCUAGAUGAUGUAGACCUAGACCUAGAUCUAACUAAUAAACUUUAACUCAACUCACCAUUAGUAAUUAGUAGACUAGAGACGUAGAGUCACGAUCUAGAUUCUAGUAACUAGAGAAAGUCGCAGUUAUAAAAAAAAAGUGAAAAUUCAGCCAUCAGGAUUCAGAAUCAGGUAAUGAGAGAUGAAAUUACGUCAUAGGGCACUGCUGCUUUUUGCUAUCUUUGUUGUGUGUCGUGCCCAGUCAGAUUUUCAUGGGGAUCCCAAUGAUGAGCAUGGUGGGGUUCCCAUGGGGAUCCCAAAAACAAUAUGUGAUGAUGGAAAGGUGAAUAUUAACAUUGAUUGGGAUCCAAAUUCAUCCGAGGAGUAUACAUGCACUGAGCCCAGGAAAAAUCCACCUACACUGGGAUUACAUUUUUAUCAGGAUGAAGAAAAGGCUCAAAAACCCAUGCACAUUUGUUUACCUGAAAAAAUUAAUUAUCAAGAGGAUUUACCAACAAGUGGUGCACACCGUCCACUUUGGGCCCAGUUUGGGGAAUAUGUUUAUCUACCUCGACAACGUUGGCUGCACAACUUAGAGCAUGGUGCAGUGGUGUUUCUGUACCACCCUUGCGCUGACCCUGAUCAGAUCCUGAUUUUCAAGACCCUAGCCCGGAACUGCCUCUGGAAGCACAUCAUCACGCCUUCCAAGCUGCUGCCCCCCGAUAUGAACUUUGCCCUCCUCACCUGGACCCACAAGCUUUUACUGAGUGACCCUGACUACAGUCGAAUGAUUUCAUUUAUAAAGACAUAUGCUUUGAAAGCACCAGAGGGGAUGAUGUUUGAAGAUGGUCAGUAUAAAGUUGGUCUGUUGCACCCAGCAUCCAUUGUCUCUGAUGCCAAAGACUCUGUCAUCUGUCCUACAAACAUUCUCAUGGGGGAUACAGCUGAGGACAUCAAGAAACAAUCUGAGGAGCGUCUUCGUAAAAAUGAAAUAUCCAGGAACCAGCUGACCAGAAUAAUACAGUCCCUCAUGAACAGUCCCUAAAUCUUUGUUCAACACUGCCCUAUUUCUUGAACAGACAAUCCUGGUUAUUUAUGUACGGUUAAACUAAUGUACCGUUAAAUAAGAUACUCUCAUACUUGGUAGCAAAAGAUGCAGAUCAUUAUUGUGAAAAGAAUUUUUGAAUGAAUAUUGUUGUAGGAUAGUGAUACAUAAUGUUGUGAUUUUUUUAAACUUUGAUAUAAUAUGAAUGUUGGAAAAUACUGAUCAAUAUGAUCAGAGCAGAAAUAAACAAUCAUUUAAAUUCUAGAUUUAUCUGGAUAAAUUUUUGAUCUAUUUAAAGAUUGCACUUUUGCUAACUAUUUUAUCCAAUUGGAUUAUUGCAUUGUCAGCUUAAACGUGUUGGUGUUUAAAAAAAAAAUGUUUUUGUUUGUAUAACGGCUGCUGGUGAAACGGCCAUCUUUAUAUCUUGUUGUUGUUGCUAUCGCUAUUGUGUUGUUGUCUUUUCUAUGGAUAUUGUGUGUAAUCCCAGUUGAACCUUCUGUUUUACUUUGAUACGUCUUCUUCAGCUGUGCUGCUGGGAGAAAUUUAAAGAAAGUGAUUUAUUCAAGUUAACUUUAUUUCAACAUUUGCAUGGACUAGUCCAUAAAAUGUGCCAUCAUAAAUAUAUAUAUAGGUAUGUGGCAUUAGCACAGUAGAAUGAUAUCAAUAUUUAUUAUAUGACAAAUGUUUACACUGUUCCGAAAUGUUUACACUGUUCCGUAAAAGAAAAAAAACAUUCUAUUCUCUUAUCAACUGAUCUCUUCAAUCAGAUAUUUUGCCUGUGAUUUGUUUUCAUAAUAACUGUAUGUACCCUAUUGAAGUAAUUCCAAAUGAAAGAACCUUUACCUCUGCUCCAUGACAUCAGUGUGAACUUUCUUGUGAGACAUUGGACUUUUUUUUUUCAAUUGUCUCUAAUUGAAACAUAUAUAUUUUUAUUGUCCAUGUAUUGCUAAAUUUUUCUUGCAAAUUUACUAUCUCUUUACAAACCACUUUAUAUUUGGGACCAAUUUAUUUCACUUUGAAAAGUAUUAUUUUACAUUUUAUAUAUUUUUUCAUUGCCGAUUACUUGGAAACACAGGAGUAGAUGUUAUAAGAUUUUAAAAAAUCAUCUCUUUGCACUGUACAGGGUAGAAGGACAGUUUCUGUUGAUGUUUCUUUUUCGAUCCUAGUAAGUAUUUUGCUGGAGGCAGUAGAGUGUGAAACGGGAAAUAAUAAUUAAUUUGAAACUCUUUUUUUUAAAAUCAUAUCAAUGAAGUCAAAGAAUUUAAUUUGACUCUUUCUCGUGCUACAUUCUGCUGAACUUGAAGUUUUAGCUUAUAUUUUUUUACAAGCUAAAUACCAGAAUCUAUGAAACGUAAUUAUAAAAGAAAGUUGUUACCCAAGAUACACAUGUUGACACAACUCUAUCAUUGGUUAAUGCUGUCUUUCCUUGCAAGUUUCUUAAGUCUUGGACUAUCACUUUAUAAGCAGUGGCUCUACACAAACAGUAUUUAAUGAAUAAAAGUUUCAUUCUUAAAGCUCCUUUAUAUUCACGUCUAGUGAUAUUACUGAAAAGUACUUAAAGAAAUCUUGAAUAAGCUCAGUGCUGAUUUAGCUUUAAUCAAAAAGAUGUACUUAUUGGUUAAAAGGAUGUGUAUCUAUUGAUGUACUUAAAUGAAUUUCUUCCUUAUGAUUUAUUUCUGUGUAUUUCUUGUUCCCAGAAAAUAUCAAUGUAUGGAGUGAAAAUAAUAUAACAUUAAGAACUAGCAUGACAUGACCUCUUCAAAGUUGUGCGCAGAAAAGAAAAGGGGGUUUGAAAAAAAAAGAAAAGCUUUACUUUAUUAUAUAUGUUCUCAAUGUUUUGCUUUGAAAUUAUGCAACAGUUCUUUAACCUUUUCUAUAAUUUGUCAAUAAUAUAAUAUAAGAUUUUUGUUGUAAAAAGUCUUUUUAGUCUAAACUGUCUCUCUAAACAAAAACAACAAGAGGACUGUAUCAGACUUUGUUGUUAAAAUAAAACCACAUUUUGUUCAUUUAAUCAGCUCCUUGACCUCCUGAGUGUUCAGAACUUCACCCCAAGCUGACUUCAGCUCUACUAUCUCUUCACCUCAUGAAGAAAUAUAAGAUUGUAACUAAAUAUUUUUUGGUCAUGACUAUCUAAGCUGUGAAAAUGUUACUUUUCUCUUUCAAUAGUGGAAAUUACAGUCCUUGUUUAAUGAUAUCUUCAGUUUCUACAAUAUUGCUGGAUAGAACAUAGAGAAACCUUUUGUUUUGUUUGUUAGUACAAAUAAGAGAAAUUGUAAGGAGAUUCUAUUAUUCAGUGUGAUAUGUAUCCUUUAUUCUCAAAUAUUUAUUAAAACUGUUUCAUCUGUGAUGCUAAGUUUAAACAAGCUCUUUGGAUUUAUCAGUGUAAUUGUUUCUAGAUGCUUACAAAGUCGACAGAAUGUUUUCACUAUAAAAUAUUUACACAUUUUGUCUUUUUUGUUUUGUUGUACAUUUGACUUGAAUGUAUUCUGAUCUGUUUCAGUUGAUUUAUGUUCACAUGCUUAUAUUAAAUUAGUCAAGUUCAAAUUGUGUUUUUUAUUUCAGUGUUUGUUUAAUUUGCAAAAUAGCAUCUUUGGGUUUAAUGGGUUUUUAUUGAAUCUUGUUUUAAGCAGAGUUACUACUUGGGGUAUUGUGGCUGUGUAAGUGUUCAUAAUCACUCUUCAAUGUCUCCAUAUAUUUUAUAGAACUUUUUGUUUGUUUGUUAGGAUGUUGCCACUCCUUGUAUUCCACAGAUUAUAAACCUCUUUAGAUAUUAUACAACUAGCACACCUAUAGUCACAAUUUUUCUCUGAUUUCAGUUGUAGCACACAAUUUUUGUAUACAUCUGCAAGCACUUUUGCUUGUGUAAUAAAUACUGUUAUAACAAUUGAGAUCACUUUUGAUUUUGAAGGUCAAACCUUUUGGAAGAGACAUGACUUAAAUGUUUUUUGGAACAUUGUUCAACCUUCUAUAAAUAUUUUUAGUUUUUCUCUAAAAGGUUCAAAUUUAUUUUUGAUCUUCUAAAUAUUUUCAGCCAAUGCUGGUUUUGAAUUAGUUUAUAUAUGUAUAUUUAUUUAAAUCAAAUAAUGUAUCCAGAGGAAUAGUUCAGUGGCCAGUAUAUGAUAAGUCUGUUCAGUGCUUAUACACUGAAAGACUUUAAUUCUAUAGUUCCAUCUUUCAUAUGCCAUUAUUUCAGACCCUGACUUAAAAAGAAUAAAAAAUAAAUAUUUUGAUUUCAUCUGAGGAUGUGUAACUGGAUUCAAAUCCUGAUUAAGAGUUUCACUUUUACAUUUGGUAAAAAAUGUCAGAGUGACAUGGGCUGUUCAAAAAUUUUUGGAGUAUGAUUUCUGACAUUUAAGCCCAUUAAAACUGUUUAACAAGUGUAAUGUCUUAUAAAGCCCUUAGACUGAACAUUUUCUUUGUUCUUAUGUAUACCUCUAACCUUUUUUUUAAAGCUUUAGUCCAAAGUUUUCUGAAGUAUACUGACUUGAAAUCCUUCUGAAGACAUUGCUCAUCACCCAACACAUUUUUUUUUUUUUGCUCGCAGCAUUGACUUCAUGAAGCGUUUAACUUUUAUGGUUUUCAUUUUUAUUACCAAAGUUUUGGAACUUCCAACAUGCUUCCUUUGUUUGCAGGGAAACUCUUAUACAAAUAAUUUGUCCCAGCCCGCAUUUAACUAUGAAGUCAAAGUUCAUGUCUGGCAUUUGAAUAUUCAGAGUGAUGGUGAUGGUUAGUUUGAAAAUGCUUCCCAAUUAUUUUUUUUUAUGGUGUUGGUUAAAAAUCUGAUUUAAAAAAAAUGCACAAAUGAAUUUUAUUGUAAUCACCAACAAUGUAAUAGAUUAAAUUAAUGGCUUUCUGUUAUGGUUGAUAAAUAAAAACAUUUUUUUUUUAAAUUUUGAAAUUACAGUUUAAUGUUUGAAUAAAAUUAUGUUAUGAAUUCUAAUGUUUUAAGAUCUAUGAUUGUCAAGUAAUAAAAGAUGUCAGCAAUUUUUGAAA